GUAAUGCCCAAGGAGAAGCGGCCGGCGUUGUUACUUUGCUCGCCGCUUUUAGAUUGAGAAUUUAAUAUUUUUUGUUGAGAUUUCUCUCCUGCAUUUGGAUCUUGGCUCCCCGGCGGUGCUUUAGCUCGCGUGCACUUUGCCGAGAGGAGAUUGCGGAUAGCUCGAGGUUAAAUCUAGCAGGAGCGGGAGCGGGACCGGGAGCCGGGAGCCCGGAGCGCUCGGUCGUCUGUCAUGGGCUUGGAGUGUUGUGACACAUCGGCUACAAUUGUAUCCGCCCGCCGCCAGCUGUAACAUUGUUGCCGCCGCUUCCCGAGCGCGUCCUGUCCACUUCCUGAGCUUCUGUCUUUCCAGCAAGGGGCUGCCCGCUGUGAGUCAAGGCGAGAUGUCUGGGGCGUCAGUCAAGGUGGCGGUCCGCGUGAGACCCUUCAACUCCCGGGAGAUCAGCAAGGAGUCCAAGUGCAUCAUCCAGAUGCAAGGCAGCUCCACCAGUAUUGUAAACCCCAAGAAUCCAAAGGAAUCACCAAAGACCUUCAGCUUUGACCACUCUUACUGGUCACACACCUCGGCUGAAGAUCCAUCCUUUGCUUCGCAGAGUCAAGUCUACAAUGACAUUGGGAAGGAAAUGUUGCAGCACUCCUUUGAGGGUUACAAUGUGUGUAUUUUUGCAUACGGGCAGACCGGGGCCGGGAAAUCGUACACAAUGAUGGGCAAACAGGAUAAAGACCAUCAAGGAAUAAUUCCACAGCUUUGUGAAGAACUUUUUGAGAAAAUCAACGACAACAGCAAAUCUGACAUGUCCUAUUCAGUGGAGGUGAGUUACAUGGAAAUUUAUUGUGAGAGGGUCCGUGACCUGUUGAAUCCCAAGACCAAAGGAAACCUGCGUGUUCGAGAGCACCCGCUGCUGGGCCCCUACGUUGAAGAUCUAUCCAAACUGGCCGUAACAUCCUAUACUGACAUUGCAGAUCUCAUGGAUGCAGGAAACAAAGCCAGAACUGUGGCAGCGACAAAUAUGAACGAGACCAGCAGCAGAUCACAUGCUGUCUUCACCAUAGUCUUCACUCAGAAGAGGCACGAUGUGGAAACCGACCUUUGUACAGAGAAGGUCAGUAAAAUUAGCCUGGUUGAUCUGGCUGGAAGUGAGAGAGCUGACUCCACUGGAGCUAAAGGAACAAGAUUAAAGGAAGGAGCUAAUAUCAAUAAAUCACUCACAACACUGGGAAAAGUCAUCUCUGCCCUUGCAGAAGUGGAUAAUGCUCCCAGUAAGAAUAAGAAGAAAAAGAAGUCUGACUUUAUUCCAUACAGAGACUCUGUACUGACGUGGCUUCUAAGAGAGAAUUUGGGUGGAAAUUCACGGACAGCAAUGGUUGCUGCUCUCAGUCCAGCCGACAUCAACUACGAUGAAACUCUCAGCACUUUAAGGUAUGCCGACCGUGCAAAACAGAUAAAGUGCAAUGCAGUCAUUAACGAGGAUCCAAAUGCAAAACUUAUCCGGGAACUGAAGGAUGAAGUUACGAGAUUGAAGGACUUGCUGUGCUCUCAAGGCCUGGGAGAUAUCUUAGACAUUGACCCCAUGCCCGAUGAUUACUCUGGGAGUGGAAUCAAAUAUUUGAAGGAAAUACAGAACAGUAACCAUAAGUACAAACUAGCUUCAGGAAAUCAAAGGCCUGGCCAUUUCUCCACAGCGCCUGUGGGCUCUCUAACAGCGUCACCUUCUUCGACUUCGCUGAGCAGCCAGGCCGCGAUUCAGUCAGUGACCAGCCUACAGGAGAGAAUAAUGUCAACUCCAGGUGGUGAAGAGGCCAUUGAACGUUUGAAGGAAUCGGAGAAGAUCAUCGCUGAGCUGAAUGAGACGUGGGAAGAGAAACUUCGGAAAACUGAAGCAAUUAGGAUGGAAAGGGAGGCUCUUCUGGCUGAAAUGGGGGUUGCCAUACGGGAGGAUGGAGGCACCUUGGGAGUCUUCUCUCCAAAGAAGACGCCACAUCUUGUGAACCUCAAUGAAGAUCCUCUCAUGUCAGAGUGUCUACUCUACUAUAUCAAAGAUGGCAUCACCAGGGUUGGCCAGGCCGAGGCACAGAGACGCCAGGAUAUUGUACUCAGUGGAGCCCACAUCAGAGAAGAACACUGCAGCUUCAGGAGCGACAAGAAUCAGAAUGGAGAAGUUAUUGUAACUUUGGUGCCCUGUGAAGGAUCAGAAACAUAUGUGAAUGGUAAACGGGUCACCAAUCCAGUAAAACUGCGUUCAGGGAAUCGUAUUAUCAUGGGCAAGAACCACGUGUUCCGAUUCAACCAUCCUGAGCAGGCACGUGCUGAGCGAGAGAAGACCCCGUCUGCUGAGACCCCCAUCGAGCCCGUUGAUUGGGCUUUUGCCCAGCGCGAACUUCUUGAAAAGCAAGGCAUAGAUAUGAAGCAAGAGAUGGAGAAAAGACUUCAAGAGAUGGAGAUCCUUUAUAAGAAAGAGAAGGAGGAGGCCGAUCUACUUCUGGAACAACAGCGCUUGGACUAUGAAAGUAAGCUAGAAGCUUUGCAGAAGCAAGUGGAAACUCGCUCUCUGGCUGCAGAAACAACUGAAGAGGAGGAGGAGGAAGAGGAAGAAGAAGAGCCUUGGACCCAGCGUGACUACGAGCUGGCUGAAUGGGCUUUCAGGAAGUGGAAGUAUCACCAAUUUACCUCCCUACGGGACUUGCUGUGGGGAAACGCCGUCUAUCUGAAGGAGGCUAACGCUAUAAGUGUCGAGCUGAAGAAGAAGGUACAGUUCCAAUUUGUGCUGCUCACCGACACACUCUAUUCCCCACUCCCCCCGGAAUUGCUCCCUGCUGAGGCGGAAUUGGAUCGGGAGGUCCGACUGUUCCCGAGGACCGUGGUCGCGGUGGAGGUUCAGGAUCUGAAGAAUGGCGCAACGCAUUACUGGUCCUUGGAGAAACUCAAGCAGAGAUUGGAGCUAAUGCGGGAGAUGUACGAUCGUGCGGGCGAAAUGGCUUCCAACACGCAGGAUGAGAGCGAGAACUUAAUGACGGGCAGCGACCCUUUCUACGACCGCUUCCACUGGUUUAAACUCGUGGGAAGUUCCCCAAUUUUCCACGGCUGCGUGAACGAGCAUGUUGCUGACCGCACACCCUCGCCCACCUUCUCCACAGCUGACUCUGACAUCACCGAGCUUGCUGAUGAGCAGCAAGGCCAGAUGGAAGAUCUGGACGAUGAAGCCUUUGUGGACGAUACUAGCUCAGAUCUGGGCAAUGAAGAGGCGUCCGACAUCUUCAGCGACGGCCGGGAUCCGUUUUAUGACCGCUCCCCUUGGUUCAUUUUAGUGGGAAGGGCCUUUGUUUACCUCAGCAAUUUGUUGUAUCCCGUGCCCCUUGUUCACAGGAUUGCUAUAGUUAGCGAGAAGGGCGAGGUCCGGGGAUUCCUCCGAGUGGGCGUGCAGGCCAUCACAGCUGAUGACGAGGCGCCAGAUUACGGAUCGGGCAUUCGCCAAUCUGGGACUGCUAAAAUCUCAUUCGAUGAUGAGUACUUCCAGGAGAGUGGCAUUUCUUCCAUGGUGAUGUCACGCUCUGGGCUGUCACUGGAGGAGCUUAGGAUUGUGGAAGGGCAAGGUCAAAGUACAGAGGUCGUUACCCCAUCGGAGGAGCUGAACAGAAUCAACGAGCUCGGUUUUAAAUCGAGUACAGAAUUGGAUCCCAAGUUAUCCUCGGAGAAAAUCUCUGAAGAUGUUACUGAGCACCUGAAAAUUGGCAGCGUUUUCACGUUCCGGGUGACAGUGUUACAAGCAAGUGGGAUCCCGCCCGAAUAUGCAGACAUCUUCUGUCAGUUCAACUUUCUGCAUCGUCAUGACGAGGCUUUCUCCACGGAACCCCUGAAGAACGGUGGCCGGGGAACACCCCUUGGCUUUUACCACGUACAGAACAUUGCUGUCGAAGUAACCGAAUCAUUUGUGGAAUAUAUCAAGGUCAAGCCUAUUGUAUUUGAGGUAUUUGGACACUACCAGCAGCACCCCUAUCAUUACCAAGGGCAGGAUUUUAUCAGAACUCCACAACCAGCUCGCAAAUAUUUUCCUCCUCCAAUGCCUCUCUCAAAACCAGUGCCAGCCACCAAGUUGAAUGCUGUGAGUAAGCCUAGCCGGGGGCAGUGCGUGAGCAAGUAUGAUCUGCUUGUCUGGUUUGAGAUCAGUGAGCUGGAACCUACAGGAGAGUAUAUCGCUGCAGUGGUGGACCACAGCGGAGGGCUGCCCUGUCAAGGCACUUACCUGCUUCACCAGGGAAUUCAGCGCAGGAUUACGGUCAUGAUCGUGCAUGAGAAAGGCAGUGAACUUCACUGGAAGGAUGUUCGAGAGCUCGUUGUUGGGCGCAUCAGGAAUAAACCAGAGGUGGACGAAGCUGCUGUAGACGCUGUUUUGUCUUUGAAUAUAAUUUCUGCAAAGCAUAUCAAAUCUUCAAAUGAUGCUCACAGAAGCUUUUAUCGGUUUGAGGCCGUUUGGGAUAGCUCUUUACACAAUUCCCUGCUCCUAAACCGCGUGACUCCGUAUGGAGAAAGGAUCUACAUGACGCUUUCUGCGUACCUGGAGCUUGACCAUUGCAUCCAGCCAGCAGUGAUCACCAAAGACAUCUGUAUGGUCUUCUACUCCCGGGAUGCCAAGAUCACACCUCCGCGCUCCCUGCGUAACCUGUUUGGCAGUGGCUAUGCAAAGACACCUGACUGUAAUCGAAUAAGUGGUGUUUAUGAGCUUAGCCUAUGUAAAAUGGCGGACAGAGGGAGCCCUGGAAUGCAACGAAGGAGAAGGAAGAUUUUAGACACCUCAGUUGCCUACGUAAGGGGAGAGGAGAACCUGGCCGGCUGGAGACCCCGUGGGGACAGCCUCAUCCUGGAACACCAGUGGGAGCUGGAAAAGCUGGACCUCUUGCAUGAGGUUGAGCGGACGCGGCAUCUGCUCCUACUGAGAGAGAAGCUCAGCGAAGCAGCUCCAAAAUCUCUCUGCGAUUCCAUCUCCCCAAGCAUGAGCAGUGGGACUCUCAGUGCCUCCACCAGCAUCUCCUCUCAGAUUUCCACCACAACGUUCGAGAGCGCCGUUACCCCCAGUGAAAGCAGCGGCUACGACUCCGCAGACAUUCAAAGCCUGGUGGACCGGGAGAAGGAACUGGCAACCAAGUGCCUGCGACUUCUCACACACACCUUCAACAAGGAACUGAACCAAGUCUGCAGCAGCAUCAGUGACAGCAAACUGUCCGACGUGAAUUCUCCCAUUGGCCGCGAUGCAUCUGUGUCCAGUUUCAGCAGCAGUACACUCACUCCUUCUUCCACCUGCCCGUCACUCGCAGAUUCCAGGUGUAACUCGGUUGAUCAGAAGACUCCCGAAGCCAACUCUCGAUCCUCUAGUCCCUGUAUGGAGUUUGAUGGCUUCCCCAUGGUUACUCGAGUAGAAACUUCAUACCUAGCCAGAGCAGGAAAGAACGAAUUCCUGAACCUUCUUCCUGAUAUUGAAGAGAUCAGAACUGGCCCCGUGGUGUCAAAGAAAGGUUACCUGCAUUUCAUGGAGCCUCAGUCGAAUUCUUGGGUGAAGCAUUACGUUGCAAUCCGCCGCCCCUACGUGUUCAUAUACAACAGUGACAAGGACCCCGUGGAGCGAGGCAUUCUGAACCUGUCCACUGCUCAAGUGGAAUACAGUGAAGAUCAGCAGGCAAUGCUCAAGACAGCUAAUACCUUUGCAGUGUGCACAAAGCAUCGCGGAAUACUUCUGCAGGCGAGCAACGACAAAGAUAUGUACGAUUGGUUGUAUGCUUUCAAUCCAUUGCUGGCUGGUUCAAUCAGGUCAAAACUCGCUCGAAGACGUUCAGGGCAACCAACAAUGUGAAGGGAAGCCUUCGGCAGAGAGCAGGAAAUGACGUAGUUAUUCUGACUUGCCUUCUGAACAUUCAAGUGUUGCUCUUAACCUUAGUGAAUCCUGAGCAUUUCUCUUGUACAUGUAGAUCUGUGGCUUAAUACUCUGUCUAAGCGCCUUUUUUAUUUUCCGGUUAACAAAAUGCUUUUCGUUUUACCUCCAUUCCGAAUCUGGUAGUAGCAUGUUGUAAAAUAGUUAAGUCCGUGCACGAUUAACCACCUUUCUUCACUCCUGCUUUUUCCCUCAUGUCUGUAGGAUGUCCUUGUCUCUGCUACCUAUCGAACUGCAGCCCUUGAGGUGUGACUGCAUGAUAACCGCAACUGGCUACAGGGUUCUGGCAGUUACAUGAGAGACAGGGAGACUGGUGUCUGCUGGGUGGUAUUUUAGGGACGCUGUGUGUGUUCUGGCAUAUAAUGCUUCCUAAUCUCCGGUAUUCUGGAAUGUUGGCAGCUGUGAACGUUGCAGAAUUGCUGGGUCUAGGCUGAAACUCAUUCUGAACAUACUACAUUGGAGAGAGCGCAAGCAGAUUUACACGGCGGAGUGGUGAAUUCGCUAGCACAUAAUGUUAACAGAACAAGAGCAGGAACCAUUUGGGAAAGCAAUUGGAAUUCGACACCGUUUUACCCAGGUGCUGCAGUAUCUCGGCGCUCUUUUCCCUUGUCAGUUCUCUCUCCUCGAGUGCGCAUCUGCCCUACCAAAGUUCACCAUUGGCCCCUCUUUAUGCAGUAGCAAGACUGGACCAGCGAUGCAUGUGAUUCUCAGCUUCCCGAGCAACAAGAUGCCUGUGUUUUGGUGAGGAACAGUUCUUCGGAGGGUGGUCUUCACAGAUUGGGUGUAGUGUCUUAAAAUAGCCGGCGUCCUUGCCAGAUGGAGAACUGAAAAUGUUUCUACAAAUCACGCAGCAAGCUGUAUUUUGUUUUUAUAGAUUCAUAGAACACUGCAGCCCUCCAAGCCCACGAUGUGCCGAUCUUUUACCCUACUCCAAGAUCAAUCCAACUCUUCCCUCCCACAUAACCCUCCAUUCUUCUAUCAUCCAGGAGUCUCUAAAAUGCCCCUAAAGUACCUGCCUCUACCACCACCCCGGUAUGUUCCAGGCACCACCACACUCUGUGUAUAUAAAAAAAAACCUACCUCUGACAUCCCCCUACACUUUCCUCCAAGCACCUUAAUACCUCUGGUGUUAGUCGUUUCUGCCCUGGGGAUAAAGGCUCUUGUCUGUCCACUCGAUCUAUGCCUCAUCUUGCACACCUCUCAUUCUCCUUCGCUCCAAAUUGAAAAGCCCUAGGUCAUUCAACCUUCCCUCAUAAAACAUGCUCUCUAAUCCAGGCAACGUCCUGGUAGAUCUCCAGUGCCCUGCGCUCUGAAGCUUCCACAUCUUUCCCAUGAUGAGGCAACUGAACACAAUAUUCCAAGUGUGGUCGAACCAGGGUUUUAUAGAGCUGCAUUCUGUUCUCACAUUUAACCAGAAGUUCCUGGAACAAAGUUAGGUCACAUUCAGGAGUUUACUCACUCCUGACCUUUUCUCUACUGGAUCACUUGCAGGUAAAGCUGCUGCUUUGAAAGGAAGAGGGUCGUUAGAAAAUAGCAGUGUAAAAAAAAAUUAGGGUGAUUUUAUAGGUGCAUAUUUGUGCCUGGGGCCACCCGACAGAGCUUAUAGCAAGUUAUAUACAGGAUGAGUUCUACCAUCUGGGCUUUGAAAUGUCAGGAGAUACUCUUCAGAGUGUUGCAGUCUUCAGAUUUCACAUUCACGUGUUUAUCACGCACAGUGAAGUGGGGUGUUUCCAUUAACAACCAUCACAACCCAAGGAUGUGCUGGGGGCAGCCUGCAAGUGGCACCGACAGGGCACGCCCACAAUGUUCAGCAUCACGUAAAUAGAACAACACAAGCAAUAACAACAACAGCAAAACAAACAGGCCCCUUUCCUCUCUCCCACCCCGCUCACAAACACAGACAGGCCUCGUGCCCCAGGGCAGGCCCUCUAGUGGACUCGCAGGCACCAGGCAUUGGGCAAUCUUGACAGUUUGGCUGGUAGGAGAUUUCAUUUCAUAUUUUUCCCCUGUAUUUAUACAUUCAUAUUUUUUAUACUUAAUUCUCACAAUCUGUUUUGUGGCUCUGCAGUCAAUGAAGCAUCCUCGAAGUCUCUGCUGAAGAGUCUCUUGCCUCCAGCCUAACCCGGUAUAUGACAAGCUGAGCACAGCCAUUUAAAGGCAUUUGCACAUCAGUCUUUCUCAAAUCCUCUUGUGUUUGUCCCCUUUAACGCAUCACCUAAAGAAAUCCCAUCAAUCUGCUUAGCUGCAGGUCAACUACAUCAAAUGCUGUCUGAAGAGACUUCAUUGCUUGUGAAGGUAUUGGCGAAUGGAAUCUGUAAUGAAGGAAGUGAAAGCAGCAAGCUACACAAGAAUGUAGAUUUUUUUAAAAUUGGAAAAACAUUCAGGGUGUGUUUGGCUAUGAUGUCGUGCCUGCCGAACUGUUGCAGGAAUGAAGCAUAACUGGUUCAUCAAAUUAACACUGGCUUCCCCAGGCAGCUUCAACAGCCCUCAGUUCAUCGUCAAACUUCCUUUUAAAGCUCUCAGAUGAGGAAAUAGAAUCAAUCACAUACAAAUGCUUCAUGUAUCACUAACACUUUCCCACUAAAGACACAGACAUAGGCACAGGACACUGUAGAGAAUUUAUGGUCAGGUUCAGUUAACAGACCAUCACUGCUGAUUAUCAGACAGUAAACAUGCACUUUUUCUUUGAAAAUUACUAAAGGUCAUAAUUUCCAUAAUAAAGUUUGACCAAAAGGGAUCCUGGUAGUGAUAUUGACUGGAAUUUUCAUAAAACAGUUACCUAGAGACUGUAAGCUGCUUUAAUUGCUGGUCAGUACUGAAUUAGUUGAGUAGAAAUGAAGGGGAUUUGUCAGACAUUUAUGGGGGGAGGGAGCCCUCUUUGAAUUGCUGGAGUUACCAGGAUGAAUGUGGGUUUGGCGAGUCGAUUAGGAAUUAGAUGGCAGCAAUUGACUGGUGUUUGAUUUUCAUGUUUUUUUCUCUGUUAUGAGAUGACUUCAAGAAGGUUUGGUCUUUGCUCUGAAUAUCUGAGAAGCAAUUUUAAUCUUGAAACUGGAUUUCUGAUCCUUAAUAAGGUCCCCAUUCCCUAUAUCCUAGCUUGAUUUUAUCUGUAACGACAGCUUUUUUUUUAAAGUUGAAUUUGUAAUUUGUAAUAAAAACAAUGCAUAAUAGGGAAGUUUAAGUUAAGUACAUUUAUUUAAUUACUGUAAAUGCAUCUGGGUUUCAAUUACUCGUACAGCUUGAUUAAUAUGAAAUAAGUAAUGAAAUAUAAACCUAGUGGAUCAAAUAUUAAAUAUGCAAAUCCAUCACUUCUUCCAGAUGGAGCAUAAUUCAUGAGUAUGGACAAAUCAUUUGUGCUGUCUCUGUACUGAAUAACCUUAAUGCACCUUCCUUGUAGAUAUCUAAUUGAACCAUGAAUCAUAAGACACAAAUGACUCAGAAGGAGACUAUAUUUGUGUUUUUUUAAGCAAAAAUAAAAUGGAGAAACAGGAUUUUUGGAGCAUAAGUGGGAUUAAUUCAAGCAGCAAUUUGCUUAUGUACAAGAUCAGCUGUAUUAUAAAUGACAUAAGAAUGUUCUCCUUUCCUUUGAAUACCUGAUACUAAACUUUAUGUUUAACUGGCCUUGAGCAUUCUAAUUCUAAGCUGUAAAAACCUGCUUAAAAGAACAGAGGGCAUGACUGAGGCCAGCAAACCUACAGACCAUGAAGUCACCGGUGCAAAGGUCAAAGAGCUCAAGGUCACUGUGUGAGGAAUCAAACCUAUUAAACAGUUUAUUACACCUAAUGUCCCAGGUCCAUUGUCAACAAAAGCCAUCAUUUUACUGUUAAAAUUUAUCUGUUUUAAUGUAUUUUGCAGUAUCUUUGUUUAAAAAAUUACCACAGAUUUAUUUCCUUCCAACUUGCAUUAAGAGUAUUCAAGUCUCGAAAAAGAACUGGUAGUUUUCACAUUAAAACCUCCAAUGUUUAACAGAUAGCACAAAACAAAAUGAUGAAAUAUGUUCAUUAAUAUUUCCACUCAAAUGUUUGGCUAUAGAAUGAUACCCACCCCUGCUUAUUAUAACCAUAUAACAAUUACAGCACGGAAACAGGCUAUCUCGACUCUUCUAGUCCAUGCCAAACUCUUACUCUCACCUAGUCCCACCGACCCGCACUCAGCCCAUAACCCUCCAUUCCUUUCCUGUCCAUAAAGCGGUCUGAUUUAACUUUAAACGACAACAUUGAACCUGCCUCAACCACUUCUGCUGGAAGCUCAUUCCACACAGCUACCACUCUCUGAGUAAAGAAGUUACCCCUGAACUUUUGCCCUUUAACUCUCAACUCAUGUCCUCUUGUUUGAAUCUCCCCCACUCUCAAUGGAAAAAGCCUAUCCACGUCAAUUCUAUCUAUCCCCCUCAUAAUUUUAAAUACCUCUAUCAAGUCCCCCCUCAACCUUCUACGCUCCAAAGAAUAAAGACCUCACUUGUUCAACCUUUCUCUGUAACUUAGGAGAUGAAACCCAGGCAUUAUCUGUGUAGGAUUCUGAAGAUACAACAUUAUGUGGAUGUUGGUAUGGAAGAAGCAAACUUGGCUCAGUAACUUUGUUUUAUCGAUGCAGUUCAUUGAGUGCCUGAAGCUAGCCAGUUUACAGAGCAUUCGGUGAAAGACGCCGUGCUAGAGGCCAGCCAACCUCUGGAGCAUGGGUAAUGAAAAGGUUGAUUCGCAGAAAUAUUAAUGAACCUCUGUUGGCCAGUUAAUGUUUCUAUGCCUGUAGAAUCAGACUGAAUGAUUUCUAUGCACUAAGCAACUGUAGAUUUUCAAACCAGUGCAAUACAUUUAGGCUGCAUAUAAUGACGAUAAGAAAAGGAAGGCAGGUAGAAUGUUAAAGGAAGACCUGAUUAUGUCUAUUUUAUUAAAAAAAAGUGCAAGAGAAAUCCUUCUGUUCCAGGUCAGACAGAUAUUUAUAAUCACACCUUAUUAGCAUUGCAACAUUGUAGUUCAAGUUGAAAAUCCAGUUUCAUUGGGGAGACCCAAAUCUGUUCACACCUUUAAAGAUGCAUCCAGGUUUUAUCAGAGCAAAGAUAUCCUUCCAGCUGCCCCUCCCAGUUUAAUUAUGUUCUGUGUAAUAUUUAGCUGGUGCACUGUUUUAUCUUUUUAUGAAUUGUUUGCAGUAAAUUGCACACGUUUUAAGGAUGUAUGUUACAGAAAAGACUGAAAAUUGUUGUGGGAUACUGUGUACUCUCACACCAUUCUGCACCUUGGGGUGGAACAUAGACAGUCACUUGGGUUCUGUGACUGAAUAGGAAACAGCUCAAAGGAAAAAAAAAGCUAUGGAAUUCUAACAAUUGGCUUUUGAACUUUUCUGGUUAUCAUUUUGCAAGUUAGCACCAUACAGUAAAUAUUUUGGUGUAUUUUAAUUUUUUUUAAGUUGUAAAUGAGCCGUCAGACCUCUAUUAAUAUUUCAGCUAAACGGUAGCUGUUCAGACCACUUCGACAAUACUUGUUUACUGGAAGUCGCGCAGAGAAGAAAUUAUUUAGUUGAUUAUCGUUUUUUUUUUAAAUAUUAACUUGAAAUGCAAUUUAAGUGAGUUGCACAAUCUCCCUCAGAACAAAGCGAGAGAGAGAAUGGUCACCGAAAGGAAAGGUAUCAUAGCUGCUGUUCGUAGGUUUACUGAAUGUGCUGGUAAUCAGGUUACCUGUGUGUAUUUUAUUAAUUUCUAACUUUAGUCUGUUGUGGCUGGUUAACCACAAUCCAUUGUAGCUCAAGAUAAUAUUUUAGUUCAAAUUGAUUUAUUGUGCUUCCUAUCAACACCUGGCCCUUCAUCAACACUGUAUAUUAUUUAUUAUACUUCAUAAGGGUGGCUACACAUUCAUAAUUUUAUUUUGUAAAUAUAUGUUGAACCAAGCUUGAGGUAUAAAAUGUAAAUAUUUCAUGUAUUUGUACUAAUUAUAAUCCAUUUGCUGUAUAGCAUAGACCGUGUAAAGCGGAUAUCUAAUUCUGUGUAUGGUAACCAGGACCUCUGAACUGUUCAGUGAAUGAAGCAACAAUAAAGGUACAACUAGAGAAAACCAAAUAUAAACUUGCCUUUUUAUUUAUACCACAUCCAUGCAUGAUGUCAGCAGACGCUCUAAAGAGUACUUCAAGUAAUAGUCAUAUUUUAAUUGAUAAAAUAAUUUCUAUUUACAUAUGCAAACACGAGGAAAUCUGCAGAUGCUGGAAUUUCAAGCAACACACAUGAAAGUUGCUGGUGAAC